GGGGAGCGUGGGCUGGGGCUUGUUAGGGCGCGCGGGGAGCAGAGGCGGCUGCGGGCUGCGGGCUGCGGCAAGCGGCGGGAACGGCUGGGCUGGUCUCCAAUGGUGCCAUUGCACCAUCUUCAAAGAAGAGUGUCAGUGCUGAUCAGGAAGCAAGGGAGGGGAGCCGGAGAGAUAGUACAACAGAAAGACAGGCCUACCAGGACAACAUGAAGAGUGCAGCCAAGCCCUGGAACCCUGUCAUCAAGGCGGGGAGUCAUGUGAUAGAACGUGCACGGCCUCUUCCUGCAGCUUCUUCUGGCAUGAAGACUUCUAAAUCUUCAACCUCGUUGGCUUUUGAAUCUCGACUGAGCAAGCUCAAGAGGGCCAGCAGUGAGGACAUGCUCAACAAACCAGGAUGCUCCUCCACUUCUGGAGGGGCUCGACUAAAGAAGACGCCCACCUCCGGAGCCAUCUCCGAGCUCACCGAGAGCCGUCUGCGCAGCAGCUCAGGGGUUGUGGCCACAACCAAACGGACUGGCAUCCCAGCUCCUCGAGAACUUGCAGUUACUGUCUCAAGAGAGAGAACUGUGCCACGAGGUCCCUCUAACCCAAGGAAGUUGGUGUCCAGCCCAACUUCUUCCAGCACACCCACCCCUAUCAAGCACCUGAGGACCGCUUCCACAAGACCCAAGCAAGAGAAUGAAGGUGGAGAAAAGGCCAUGCUGGAGUCACAAGUUCGGGAGCUCUUGGCAGAAGCCAAAGUGAAAGAUAGUGAAAUUAACAGGCUUCGAAGUGAGCUAAAGAAGUGCAAGGAAAAAAGGUCUCCAAAUACUGAAGUGACGAAUACUGUAAACCCAAAUGUAGGCAGAACAUCAUUCUCAUCAGGAGACUCAGAGUCUUUGGUAAGAGCUCUGGAAGAGAAGAAUAAGAAUUUUCAGAAAGAGCUUGCUGACCUAGAGGAAGAAAACAGAGUCUUGAAAGAGAAACUCACUUAUCUUGAGCACUCACCCAAUUCUGAACCAAGUCACACUGGUAAUAGCAGCUGCCCAACCUCUGCAGCUCAAGAAUCCAGCUUUGGAAGUCCACCUGGAAAUCAGCUGUCAAGCGAAGUGGAAGAGUUUAAGAAAAAUAUGCAUGGAAAUACAUUGCGGAAGUCAGGUUCUUCAAGUAGUGAUGUUACCAAAGCUUCCUUAUCACCUGAUGUCUCUGAUUUUGAGCACAUCUCAGCAGAUACUCCCUCCCGGCCCCUGUCUUCCACUAGCAACCCCUUUAAGAGCUCAAGGUGUUCUACUACAGGGAGUUCUCCUAACAAUGUGAGUGAAUUGUCCCUGGCAUCCCUCACAGAGAAGAUUCAAAAGAUGGAAGAAAAUCAUCAUAGCACAGCAGAAGAGCUGCAGGCUACUUUGCAAGAAUUAUCAGACCAGCAGCAAAUGGUGCAGGAAUUGACAGCUGAAAAUGAGAAGCUGGUGGAUGAGAAAACAUUUUUGGAAACUUCCUUUCAUCAGCAUCGAGAGAGGGCAGAGCACUUAAGUCAAGAAAAUGAGAAACUGAUGAAUCUUUUACAAGAGCGAGCAAAGAAUGAAGAGUCCAGUGCUCAAGAAGGAAAAAUCCUUGAACUGGAGCAGAAGUACAAAGAAAUUCUUGAACAGGGUCGCUUUGAAAGGGAGAAGCUACUCAACAUUCAGCAGCAGCUUACCUGUAGCUUACGGAAGGUUGAGGAAGAAAACCAAGGAGCUUUAGAAAUGAUUAAGCACCUGAAGGAAGAAAAUGAAAAGCUGAAUGGCUUUCUAGAGCUAGAAAGGAGUAAUAAGAGUAUCAUGGCCAAGUCUUUGGAAGAAUGCAAAGCUACCUUGGAAGGACUGAAAAUUGAAAAUGGAUCUUUGAAAGCUCAUUUGGAGAACGAGAAGCAAAAUGCUGGAGUGACCUGUCCCACAGGGCCAGUGGCAGAAGGAUGCGAAGUUCAAGAGAUGUUGAAACUAGCUCAAGCUGAAAAAGAUCAACUGGAACAGUCUUGCUCUGAGCUCAAACAAGAAUUAGUAACAGCAAAUGGGGAAAUUAAUCGUGUUUCAAAUCUACUAGCCAAGGUAGAAAAGGAUUAUUCUUAUCUGAAGGAUAUAUGUGAUCAUCAAGCAGAACAGCUGAGUAGAACCAGCCUAAAACUGCAAGAGAAAGCAUCAGAGAGUGAUGCAGAGAUAAAAGACAUGAAGGAAACCAUAUUUGAAUUGGAAGAUCAGGUGGAACAGCACCGGGCUGUCAAGUUACAUAAUAAUCAGCUCAUCAGUGAGCUAGAAAGCAGUGUGAUAAAGCUGGAGGAACAGAAGUCAGACCUGGAGAGGCAGCUAAAGACUCUAACAAAGCAGAUAAAGGAGGAGACUGAGGAGUGGAGGCGCUUUCAGGCCGACCUGCAGACGGCAGUGGUGGUGGCCAAUGACAUCAAGUGUGAGGCCCAGCAGGAGCUCCGCACCGUGAAGAGGAGGCUACUAGAGGAGGAGGAGAAGAACGCCAGGCUGCAGAAGGAGCUGGGGGACAUGCAGAGUCUUGGCAGACCUGCCAGUGAAGACUCCGAGCCCUCCGAGGUCAGUGCUCCUGGCCGGUGGCCUGGCGUCUAUGUGAGCAGAACAUCUCCAACACCUUCAGAGUCUGCAACCACUGUAAAAUCCCUUAUCAAGUCAUUUGACUUAGGACGCCCAGGUGGAGCUGGACAGAGUAUUUCUGUCCAUAAGACCCCCAGAAGCCCCCUCAGUGGAAUACCUGUGCGGACUGCUCCAGCUGCUGCUGUUUCUCCCAUGCAGAGACAUUCAUCUUACAGCGGUGUGCGAUCAACCAGCAAAGGGUUAACUCAACAUUUGGAUCUUUCAGACCUUCCUCUCUCAGGUCUUAUGAAAGGAAAACCAGACCCUUAUCUCCGUAAGAGCCCUUCACUGGAGUCUCUGAGCAGACCCCCUACUCUGAACUUCGGGAGCACCAGACUGCUGAGCGUCUCCACUGGAGGACUGAGGCCACAUAGCAAACUCAGUGUGGAAAGAAGAGACCCUCUGGCUGCCUUGGCCCGGGAGUAUGGAGGCUCCAAGCGCAACGCUCUGCUGAAGUGGUGCCAGAAGAAGACCGAGGGCUACGCGAACAUUGAUAUCACCAACUUCAGCAGCAGCUGGAGUGACGGCCUGGCCUUCUGCGCUCUGCUCCACACUUACCUGCCUGCCCACAUCCCCUAUCAGGAGCUGGACAGUCAGGAGAAGAAAAGAAAUCUCUUGUUGGCAUUUGAAGCAGCUGAAAGUGUAGGCAUCAAACCCAGCCUGUGCUCUGGGGCUUCUUCUGGCUGCUGCUCAGAGGUCACUUCCCAGCAGUGCUCAGAGGACUAUGAGGAGCUCAGUGAGAUGCUGUACACAGACCGGCCCGACUGGCAGAGUGUGAUGCAGUACGUCGCCCAGAUCUAUAAGUACUUCGAGACGUAAGCCUAGAAGACCUGGAGCUGAACAUCCCACCCUACCUGCUGCCUUCUGUACUUCAAAGAAAGGCUCAUGUGUGGGGGGGUAGGGGGCCGUCCACAGCAAAGAGAGCACCAGCACCCACUUCCACCUCAGCUCACUUGGAGGACAAUGGAGGACAAACAGAAUUCCAGACCUGGCAUCCACCCCACAGCUUAUUCCAAGGACCCUACAUGGGAGUUCUCCACUCCCAGCCGGGAUCUGUGCCUAACCUGCACUGCAAGUCACAGCAAACUGCUCUUUCUAAGUUCUCUUCUUACAACAGAUUCUGACUUUCCCCCUUACAACAACUUAGCACUAGCCAGCCCAUCUCUUCCUCCAAACCACCCAACGAAAUGCCAGAAAGCAAGCAAGCACUUGCUCUCAAACUGCUUGGAACUAACCAAUUCAGCAUCUGACGGAGAAACACAUUCAGGUGUCAGGGAACAGUUGCAGUGCCAAGAGCUGGGUGAAGGUCUUGGGGUCACGCCCUCACAUGUGUGAUUCCCUAGUGUACAGUAAGGCAGGAAACCCAGACUGUUUGCUGUGGGGGGUCUUGGGCCAGGCUCGCAGCCUACAGGAAACCAGCACUUGUGCCUCCACUCACACCCACCGGCAUCUGUGACACAGAACCUCUUGGGCACAGGAAACGGCCAGGCCUACAGAGUCCUCGUGAACCUGCACAAUAGGCUGAAGAUGUGUGUUUCUUGGGUUGUUGCACAGGCACAAAUUUAAACAGUAUUUCAGCUGCAGACUCAAUCAGGCCUCCUACCUGUGCAUGGCAAAACAAAGCCUUCGGGGUAGGCACGUCUAUCUAGAAUCGAAGGUGGCCAGGGAGGUUUCUUUCCCCUGCUGUGGGCUCCCUCUGUGGCAGCCCAAGCCCUGCUUUCCUCUGGAAGUUUGGGUGCAAGUACUAAUUGCUCCUUGUCAUCUUCUUGGGCAAGUCUGUGGUAGACUUAUCAGCACCGCCCUCCUGGCUGCGUUCCAUCCAGGCCCAUCGGGGACCUGGUUUCCCCUGUGGUUCUCCUCAGACUCUUGAUUCCCAAACUCCUAGGGAGUCGGGUGCAGCUAUGUGUACCUGGUGGCUGUCCCAUCAGCCCGAGAGAAGAGCUGGAUUGCAUCAGGGAUGUGAUCUAUAGAUCACAUAUGAUAGAUCACACAUGUAAUCUAUAGAGUUUUCCUAAGAACCACUAAGGAGAGAGAGAAUCCUGGCCAGGCCCCAGAGUGGAGCCAUGCUCUGGGCAGGGUCGGGAGGUGACUCUGUUUGUUUGCAGAUGGAAGCUAGAGGCACAAUCUGAAUACAUUUAACGUGCUUCUUCCUGAUGAAUUUGUCCAAAUGGAAGUUAUUGCUUGAGUUGCUUUGUGCUGCUGGCUUUCUGGGACAAACUGAUCUGUUUUCUGUCUAGCUUCUGCCUUGCUGCCUAUUCCAGGAGGGAAAAGUAUUAGCCCCAAUAGUUGAGUUGAUCUGUUUGUUGUGUGUAAGCUGGGCUUAUGCAGGGCUUUGUGUGGGAGAGACAUUGAGGUUUUUCAGAUACCUAGAGGGGGUAGCCAGCCUGCCUGGCGCCCUGUUUGGAGUGAUUACUCUAGAUGAUUCAGAACUCACUCUGGGCACAGCUGUCUACAGUGGUAGCCUCAGCCUUCUCCUCCCUCCACCCAUUCCUUGUAGGUUAAAAAGAAGGAAAGAAAUGUCACAAGGCCAUGUGCAGCUUAUUUUUGUAACUUAAGGAAAUGCUGAGAUGGUGCUUUGCCAGUGGGCGUGUGUGGAGAAGCUGAAGGUGGUGUUCAGCCCACAGACAUGUGUUGCUGCAGGCAGGGAGGAAGGCCAGAGGCCACGGGCCGAGGGUGCGUGGGAGUCCCCACCCUGGCUGGGCCACAGGGCAAGCUAUUUAAUCAAAAGCUUAGAGCACAAUGAAGUUCAAAGGGAAAAGGAAUGAAUUGAGAAAAAAUCUCAAAUCGUGACCCCCGGUUUUCUCUCCCAAGAUAUUCAAAGGCCAAAAUACUCAACUUUCUUCCCAUAUCCCUUCAGCCAAUAUUUCCUCAUUUCAGAUGAUUAGGUGACUGCAAAUAUUUACUUCAUAUAUGAUUUUUUUUAUUUAUAAAGAAAGAUGCAAAAUGCAGCACCCAAAAGAGUGCAGGAAUUAUUCUAGAACAUAAAGAGAAGUUCCUGGUUCUCUCUUGCAAGUUGUUUCAACAACAUGAACUUGAGUGACCCUGUGACAGUGUCAUGGCUGGCCAAAGGCCGAUCUAGCCCUUUGCCCUCUACAGAAACAGUGUCCCUCUUUAUUGUUGUUCUCUACUCCUCAUGUUUUAGCUUUUGUUAACAACAUUCAAAGUAGAUUCCAUUCGUUGUAGACAAAAUGGUUCCCAAGGGACAGCUAUUUGCAGGUUCUCUUGCCCCACCAGCCCUCUCUGCUGCAGGGACCCUGCCAGGGAGCUCAGGGCUGUUGCUGUAUCUCAUGGCAGAUGUACACAUGGGGCUGAGAGGUCAGUAACUCCAAACCUAUUUGCCAAACCCCGUGGGAGUUUUUGCCUUUGCAAAGCUUGAGUGCCAUUUUGAGAUGAGCUAUACUCUAACAGGUAUAACCUAGCAAGUUUUUUAAAAGAUAUUUUUAAUAAUUGCAUUUUCCCAGUUCACUGGAUAUUUUACUUCUCUGACCCAAGUCAGAGUUUGGCUGAAUCUGUAACAUCCUGAGUCGCUAACCAAUUUUAACUACGUUAGUUGAAUACAGUUGAUACAGACAUCUGUGGCAUCACUUUUACAAAGAGCACACUAGAUUGUACCAAGCUUUGUCAGGACUUGACAAGCCAACAUAGAUGUAUUUAACUAUUAACAUAAAAAUAUAGCAUAAUGACUGCAAUAUUUCUAAUAAAUAUAUUUUAUUUCCACCUGAU